ACAUUCAACUAUGAUACAAUCCACUGUGACCAUCAGAAUCCCAAGUUCAACCUGAAUCAAUCAGAGCCGAUACAUCCGCUGAAACCACUGCAGCAGGCACAGCCAAGCACAGGAAAUGCUUCAGGGAAACGAAAGAGAGACGCUCCAAAGCCACAGUCAGCAAAGACGAACGAAACCGUCAAAGAUCAAAAACAGGCUGGGAAUCCUGGUUUUGAUGCGGUGGCUCAGAGCUGGGAUGACGGACCCUACAUGUUCAUCCUCAAAGUCGAAGACAAGAGCCAGCAGUCUGGUCCCAAAAAUCAAUGGAAUCUGAAGCUCCAGAUCAGUAUGAAGGGUCCACAUGGCUUUAUAUCAGCGUGCGAAUGGCCUCUGAUGAUGUUCUACAUGGUGAUGUGCAUCGUGUACGUGCUGCUCGCCGUGCUCUGGUUGGUUCUGUCCACGUGUUACUGGAGGGACCUGCUCCGGAUUCAGUUCUGGAUCGGAGGCGUCAUCUUCCUGGGCAUGUUGGAGAAAGCCGUUUACUAUGCCGAGUUCCAGAGCCUCAGAUAUGAAGGCGUGUCAGUCACCGGGGCGGUGGUGUUUGCUGAGGUUCUCUCUGCAGUGAAGAGAACUCUGGCCAGAGUGCUGGUGAUCAUCGCCAGUCUGGGAUACGGCAUCGUCAAGCCGAGACUCGGCGCUCUGCUGCACAGAGUCGUUGGCGUUGGUAUGCUCUACCUGAUCUUCUCCAUCAUCGAGGGAAUCUUAGGAGUCAACGCUGAUCGAGGGGACACCAGCAGUACAGUUUUGUGUGACAUAGUGCUGGUCUUCACUGAUUCCUGUGUUGUCUGGUGGAUCUUUGUGAGCCUGACUCGGGCGAUGAAGCUGCUGCGCCUCAGGAGGAACGUGGUGAAGCUCUCGCUCUACAGACACUUCACCAACACGCUCAUCUUUGCUGUCAUAGCGUCGGUCAUCUUCAUCAUCUGGACCACGAAGACCUUCAGGAUGUCCAAAUGUCAGUCUGACUGGAGGGAGCUGUGGAUAGAUGACGCUUUCUGGCGUUUCUUGUUCUCCAUCAUCCUAUUGGUCAUUAUGUUUCUAUGGCAACCGUCAGCCAAUAACCAGAGGUACGCCUUCAGUCCUCUGGUGGAUGAAGAGAGCGAUGAAGAGGAGAAGGAGCCCAUGAUGAACGAGGCUUUUGUGGGGAUGAAGAUGAGGGGCAUGAAGAAUGAGGCCAACGGCUCAGCCAAAGCUAACAAAGUGGAUGAGGACCUGAAGUGGGUUGAGGAGAACAUCCCGUCAUCUAUGGCAGAUGUCGCCCUGCCGCCCCUGCUGGACUCUGACGAGGAAACGAUGACGACGAAGUUUGAGAUGUCCAGUAUGGAGUGAAGCACAAAAGAGAGAGCAGCUCACUAACUGCAAAUACACCAAACGCACAGUUUGCUAGCUGCAACCACACCGCUCACUAGCUGCAAACACACUAAUGGCACUCUGGCCCAGAGCUCACCUUUCCCUGGGCUUAAAUACUUUUAAUUACUGAUGUGAGUCAGCUGUGUAAAAGGGAAAGGUGGCACCUCAGGCAGAA